UCAGAGAUCAUGAACAUGGCCAGAGCUUUGAUGAAGGAGAGAGGGAUGCCAAAUUACUUCUAGGGUAAAGCUAUGAACACCGCUGUGUAUCUCAUCAACAUGUCGCCUACCAGUGCUCUAAGGGAUAAACAUCGUAUGAAGCUUGGCAUGGAUGCAAGCUCAAGGUUGGGAUUGGAAUUCUAAGCUAAAGACCAAGUCUACACCACUGAUAAUUUAUGAAGAGACUCCUGUGGACACAGACUGCUCAACAGGUAAAGCUAUUGGUUUAGAAGCUGGUUCAAAUGAUGAAAUCAUUGAUGAUGUUUCAGCAGAAGUCGAAAGUGUUAGUGGAGAAGGUAAAGGCGUAGAAGCUGACUCAAGUGAUGAAUCACCAGUGAGAAAGGUUAGACUGUUGAAGGACAUUUAUGAGAGCUGUAUAUUUACUCUAAAUGUUUGUGAUCCAUCUUCAUAUAAAGAAACGGUGAAGACAAAAGUGUGGAGAGAAGCAAUGAGGGAAGAACUAGGCGAAAUUGAGCGAAAUGGGACUUGGGGAUUGAUGGAACCUCCACUUGACAAGAAGAUUGUGCAACUGAAGUGGGUAUACAAGACGAAUUAUCUCUCAGAUGGAAGAAUUCAGCGACACAAGGCUCGUUAGGUCGUGAAGGGCUAUACUCAGCAGGCUGGUAUUUACUUUCAUGAGAUCUAUGCACCAGUAGCUAGGAUGGAGACUGUGUGUCUCCUCCUUGCCAUUGCUACGCAACAAAGAUGGCACGUUUAUCAAUUUGACAUCAAAUCUGAGUUUUUGAAUGGGGAAAUACAUG